AUGGAUAAUCACACUGAAUUAAUGACGGCGAUGAUUAACUUAGCUAACACGAUUCAAGAGGGCACUGCUAUGGCUACUCAUGCCUUGCGGCGAACAAAGCAAUCAGCUAGAAGCGAAAAUGGAGAAGGCGUUGGGGAUGACUUAAAUGGUGUUCCAAGGACUCUAGCUGCUUUUCUGAGAGUUGACCCGCCAAGUUUCAAUGGAUCAUCAAACCCUAUUGAAGCAGAAAACUGGUUCAAAGCUGUAGAGCAUGCAUUACAGACUCAACAUGUCCCAAAUAAUCAGUUCGUGAAAUAUGCGGCUUAUCAAUUAGCGGGAGAAGCUCAGCAUUGGUGGCAAGAAGAGUGUCAAUUCCUGCAACUACAGAAUAUGGAUGUUACAUGGGAGCUUUUUCGGACUACUUUUUACAAGAAGUAUUUUCUUGAGUCGGUGAGGAAGGCCAGAGAGUUAGAGUUUAUGCAGCUGAAACAAAGUUCAAUGUCUGUGGCCAAGUAUACGAGUAAGUUUGAAGAGCUCUGUAGGUUCUCAAGUGUAUGUCAAGGAGCCCCUGAGUCCUAUGAGGGUUGGAAGUGUGAAAAGUACCAAGUAGGGCUAAGGGAAGAUAUCAUGCGUGUUGUGGCUCCAAUUGAGAUUAAAAGGUUCUCGAAAUUGGUGAACGAGGCAAGAUUCAUAGAGGAAUACAUUGAGAAGAUGACUUUGACGAGAGAUAAUCGUGGGGGUACCAGUAGCAGAGGUCGUGGAAAGCAUUUUCCACCAAGAGGCCAGAUCUUAAAAAGGGAUGGACAUGACACUCAGCACCGUCAAGGUCAACGAAACUUCAGAAGGAACAACAAGGCCCAGCCUCACCUGGCAAAAGGAGAUGGUUGA